AUGGGUUUGGAGAUACUUGGUAGAGAGAGGGACAUUAUGGGUGAGGGUGAUUCAAUCCUUGUAUGGAGAAAUGUCUACAGGGGAGGGUGGGGUGUGGAAGGUCGAGAAAAGGGGUGGGAUGAAGGGUUGGUGGCUAAAAAUUGUUCGGCAGGCGGGGGGGAGAAAGAAAAGUGGUUCAGGGGUAAUAUUCAAAGGUUUGUGGGGAAUGGUAGAGAGGUUAGUUUUUGGGGUGAGAUUUGGGUGGGGGAUAGUACACUUAAGAUCCUCUUUCCUAGGCUUUUUAAUUUGAGUCUCUUUAAAGACGGUAACGUGGAGGGGGCAGGGAAACGGACGGAGGAAGGGUGGGUGUGGGACUUCAAAUGGAGAAGGGAGCUGAGGGAGAGGGAGAAGGAGAUGGAAGCGGAUAUGAGGUCCCUCAUUGGGGGUCUUUCUCCUUGCCCAGAUCUUAAGGACGGCUGGAACUGGAAGAGCGCAGCGGGGGGAACCUUCUCGACUAAAGCGGCUUAUGAAGAGUGCGCUAAAGCGGAAGGUCAACAUUCGGGAAGAUACAUUGAAGCUAAUGCUCAAUUGUGGACGGCACCGGCUCCUAACAAAGCCAGAGUCACAGCUUGGAGAAGCAUCUGCAACAGGUUGCCAACAUGUGAAAAUCUUAUCAAAAGGAAUGUCCAGAUCCCAGUCGAAGAAAAGUGGUGCAAUUCGUGUGUAUGGAGGGCGGAAACAGUUGACCAUUCCUUAAUCCAUUGCACGAAAGUCGAUCGCGUUUGGGACCAAAUUCAUCAAUGGAUCGGAAUUGAUACAGCUAAACCACAAAGAGUAGAAGAUCACUUCAUGUCUUUCAUCGGAGGAGGGAGAGGUAAGAGAAACAAGAACUUUCUUAAAGGUCUUUGGAUUGGCACAGUUUGGUUGAUAUGGAAAUAUAGGAAUGAGGGUAGGUUUGAGAACAAAAAUUGGGAGGUGUCCAAUCUUGUUAAAGAUAUCAAAGGAAGGCUGUGGAGUUGGAACAAAACCUUUCAUGUUGUUGAGUCCAACGUUUCCUUUUCCAUGUGGUGCUCUAACGAGUAUUCACCACUUGUUUGA